CAGAAAUUCUCACAGCAACACCGGCCAUGCACCCGCCGCUCGCUGAGGCCGGCGUUCCAUGGCCGGUGCUCGCCGCCUCCGUCGCGGCGGCGCUGCUCGUCGCCGCCGUCGUCCUGCGGCUCUUCUCUGGCGACGCGCGGCGUUCGGCGGGGGCCGCCGGCGACGCAAAGGCACGGCGGCCCCCCGCCGGCACGCUUGGGUGGCCGCUCGUCGGCGAGACGCUGGCGUUCAUCUCCGCAGCCUACUCCUCCCGCCCCGAGUCCUUCGUCGAGAAGCGCUGCCUCCGGUACGGGAAGGUGUUCAGGUCGCACCUGUGGGGGUCGCCGGCGGUGGUGAGCGCGGACGUCGAGGCGAGCCGCGCGGUGCUGCAGAGCGACGCGUCGGCGUUCGUGCCGUGGUACCCGCGGUCGCUGAUGGAGCUGAUGGGGGAGUCGUCCAUCCUGGUGCUCGGCGGCGCCCUCCAGCGCCGGGUGCACGGCCUCGCCGGCGCCUUCCUCAAGUCGCCCGAGCUCAAGGCCCGCGUCACCGCCGACAUGCGGUGCCGCCUCGCCGCCGCCAUGGGCUCAUGGCGCGCCACCGCCGGCACCGCCGUGCGCGUCCAGGACGAGGCCAAGUCGAUUGUGUUUGAGAUCUUAGUAAGGGCACUGAUAGGGUUAGAGCAAGGCCAGGAAAUGAACUACCUCAGGCAGCAGUUCCACAUAUUCAUUGCUGGCCUGAUCUCCCUCCCCAUCAAGCUUCCAGGGACUCAGCUCUACAGAUCCCUCAAGGCUAAGAAGAGGAUGACAAGUCUGAUACAAAAGAUCAUUCAAGAGAAGAGGAAGAGGAGGAGGAUGAUCCUUGGAGGCGAGGAUCUCUGCUUGGCUUCGCGCGACUUGAUCGAUGUGCUGAUGAGCGGCAACGGUGGCGACGAGCUCAGCCUCACCGACGAGCUCAUCUCCGACAAUAUGAUCGACUUCAUGAUCCCGGCCGAGGACUCUGUGCCGGUGCUCAUCACACUUGCCAUCAAGUACCUCAGCGAAUGCCCACUGGCUUUGCAGCAGCUAGAGGAGGAAAAUAUGGAGCUGAAGAGGCAGAAAUCAGACGUGGGUGAAACCCUAGAUUGGACAGACUACAUGUCACUGACGUUCACGCAGCAUGUGAUCACAGAGACGCUGCGGAUAGGCAACAUCAUCAGCGGGAUCAUGAGGAAGGCGGUGAGGGACGUGGAGGUGAAAGGGCAGGAGGGCGUGGUCAUCCCCAAGGGGUGGUGCGUCCUCGUCUACUUCCGCUCUGUCCACCUCGACGCCAGCGUCUACAACGACCCCUAUGCCUUCAACCCAUGGAGGUGGAAGGAGAGGGGAGACGCCGCCACCGGCAGUGGCUUCACCCCCUUUGGGGGCGGCCAGAGGCUCUGCCCAGGGCUGGACAUGGCCAGGCUCCAGGCCUCCAUCUUCCUGCACCAUCUCGUCACUAACUUCAGGUGGGUGGCAGAUGGAGACGACGUCGUCAACUUCCCCACGGUGCGGCUCAAGCGAGGAAUGCCUAUCAGAGUCACGCCCAAGACCUAACAAGCAAAGUCUCACAUCAAUUUGGAUAUACCGUUUGAAGGUGACAGGAAAGAAACAGUUAAAUACAUGUAUGUACAAGAGAACAGAUGACAGUGUAGAUCAAAAGAAACCAGAAGUUACCAUGGUGUCCUGUUUCUUUUACCUCGUUUUUUUUAACCCUUUGUAUUGCUACAUAAAGUUGGCUAGUCCGGUGCAAGAGUUGAAAGCAUUAUGCACAAUAACAAUGAUCAGUGUGUUGAUCAACGGACAUGUAACAUAUCUGUAGAAGUGGUUCUUCCUUCAAGUACUUGGAGACUAUUUGAUUAUUUUUGACCUUCAGUCUUUGUG